AUCCUACUGAACACUGCUAAUUAUUCCUUGGGAUUCAACAGUCUUUAAUGGUCAGGAAAUUGGGAUCUAUUUUCCUCGAGUUAAUGUCAUUUGAAGUGUUCUGAAGCAUGGAGGUCUAAUGAGGAAGCAUACACCUGACGCAUAUAAUGGAGUAUGGAUCCAAGCUGUUUCUCAUUGGGACUGUGCCUUUGAAUCAACUUAUCUACCUACUGCAUCUACUACUUCGAUGGAUAUGACAAGACAGCAAAAUGGCUAGUAGGCAGACCAUCCUCCGUCCACCGGAACGCAAGCGCCGUUCAGCGGGCCAUCCUCGCUCAGCGAGAGAGCGACUUUGGCGACAUCUUCAAGUUUGUUCAGUGGGGGUUCCAUUGCCAUCGUAGAUUGCAGGACGGCCAUGAACUCCGUAUCCAAGGCACUUGGGUCGGCGAUGUUCGUGGCCAUGCCCCCAGGCAAAAUAGCGUUGCAGCGGAUGCCUUUCUUGCCUAGAAACGCGGCUGUGUUUUUCGUCAACCCGAUUACUCCGUGUUUGCUCGCCGUGUAAGCUGCGCCGGCUGACCCGCCCCGAGCUGACGCCACCGACGCCACAUUGAGAAUGGCACCGCCGGCGGGGGACUGCGCCAGCAUAGCUUUGACCGCCUCGUCCAGGCAGAUGAACGUGCCCGUGAGAUUGAUGCCAAUGACGCGGUCCCAUGUCUCGCGUGCGACCGUUCCCACAGGCUCGAGGCGAUCCAUG